CUGGCUGGCUUUUAUCUCGGCUUUUAGAAGAACUUUCAGCUGUUCGAUGCAUCUGUUGAUGCGAUCUCUGCGCAUCUUCUCCACCACUGGUUUCCUCAACUGGAAAAGAAGUUAAAAGUUUGGUCAGACCACUGAUUCAUCCCUUGGGAAAUUAUCAUAUGUCUACAGUCCCCAUCUGCAGAAGCCUUAUCAGUGAGUGGCGAUGUUCCCAGGUAAUAAAAGUACAGCAACCUGCCUGUGUUGUGUUCGGUGUGUGGAAGACUAUUCCCUCCGUGGGAGCCCUGAGGCCAGUUAACCAUGAAAUAAUUGAUGCCUCUUCUAUUGUUGAGGACGCCUCACCCACUGGCCUCAGAGUGUGGGAAAGCUAAUCCUGACUGGGACUCAUGGCUUUGUAAUGCUAAUGAGCUCCUAUAAAUAGAGGAGCAUGACCCUCAUUCCCAACACAACCAACUUGCUCUCCUCAGAGAAACAUCUCUCCAUCUGAAAGAAUGGCUCCAACUUACAUGACUGACUACUCCAAACUUUCCAACAAGGAGAAACAUAAAUUAAGAAAACCUGUGGUGGAAAAGAUGCGCAGAGAUCGCAUAAACAACUGCAUCGAGCAGCUCAAAUCCAUGCUGGAGAAGGAAUUCCACCAGCAGGACCCAAACACCAAGCUGGAGAAAGCCGACAUCCUGGAGAUGACAGUGGUCUUCCUGAAACAGCAGCUGCAGCCCAAGACUUCAGCUCCACAGAAAGCCCACUUGGACGGCUAUUCCCAGUGCUGGAGGGAGACCAUGAACUUCCUAUCUGUCAACUCCAAGGUGGACGCUGUACGUCAGCAUCUGAACCACUGCCAAGCAUCCCAGAGAUCAGCUAAAGACCUCACUCACAUGUCUCCGGCUUCCCAUCAGCCCACGAAGGUGAAGGAGGAACCGUGUGCUCACAGUCCGCUCUGGAGACCCUGGUAGAGACCCCAAGAUGAAAGACUUUCACAUUCAAACUAGAUGGUGGUUUUACCAUCUCUUAUGUUGUAGGAGAUAAACAUUUCCAUAUUUCUAUGUUCAUUUCAAACAUACAUUCAGCUGCUUCAUAUUGAAGUUUUGAUUGUUUUAUUCUUAAUAAGAUUUCCUUUGCAAAUUGUUGCUAUUAUUAGUAUGACAUUUGCCUUGAUUGUGUCUAAAGGCUCCAGUUCUAAUGUUGUUUGUCUUGCAAACAGUGAUAUAGCUCAGAAUCUGAGCUCUUUGUAAGGUCCUGAUGGACAUUCAUUUGAUACAGCCUUUUGUGAAGGCUACGGAAAAACAAUAUUUGUUCUUGUGAUGGCACUCCAGUGCAUUGAAACAUUGUGGACACUGUGUGUCUAACAUUGCAUUUAAUAAAAGCAACUUAUUACUAAAAA